AUGCAAGAGCGGAUUGCUGACAAAUGCUCAAACCAGAGGUUCAAAGUUUCUUUCAUCCAUGCCCGCUUGAGCUCUAUUGUAAUUUUUAUGGAUUUCGGUGUAAUGCUUGUUUUGGAGAAAUCUCUUCAAGCCAUCGCUAUCGAUGCAAUUGUCUGUGCCAUUUGUGAAAAGCUCUGCUCUUCUUCUUCUUCUACCUACGGUUGCACGGAAUGCAAGUUUUUCCUUCAUAAAUCUUGCAUGACAAGCAUUCCUCGACAGUUGAUCAAUCAUCUCAUCCAUCCCUGCACUCUCCUAUUCCUCACAAAUCCUAACUCUUUCCGCUGUGAUAAAUGCGGUGAAGAUGUUUUCUCCAGAAUACAGUUCAGCUACCGUCCAUGUUAUUUCGAUCUGCAUGCCAAAUGUGCCCUACUUCCCACUGUAGACUCUGAAGAUGCCAAGGAGAUCCAACAUUUCAGCCACCCACAUCCACUAGCACUCAUCGAAAACCAUAAAGAUUUCAACAACGAACCUCGAUGUGUGGCAUGUGUGGAAACUUGCUUAGCUCCCACACCAACUUUCAGGUGUAGCCGCAGAUCAUGCAACCACUUCUUUUUACACAAAUCAUGCGCUCUUAAAUUACCUUAUCUCCCUACAAGUAUUCAAUCUCCUUGUCAUGACUAUCCCGCCGGUCACCAACUCACCAUCACAUCCCUUCCAUACAAUGAUGAAAUCCGUACUUGUAGUGCAUGUCGUCGGGGCUUUGAUUCAUCUUUCAUAGCAUAUAGCUGUCGGGAAGAUGAUUGUGGGUUUAACCUUCACUUGGAUUGUAGUAAGCUCGAACCCUCUUUUGUUCUCGAUGGCCAUGACCAUUUUCUCACUCUCAUUGAGAAAGUAGCCGCUAUGACUUGCCAUUUUUGUGGUGCAAAUUGCUGUAACUUCAUUCUUCGAUGUUUGGAAUGUAACAUAAACAUCCAUAUCCAGUGUCUUCCAUCAGCACCCAAAACAAUAAGCCACAAAUCUCAUCUCCAUCCUUUACUACUUACAAAGUCUCCUUUGGAAUAUGGGUUGAACUCAAAAGAAGAAGCUUAUAAUUCUGAGGAUGAAUUUUAUUGCGAUGUGUUGCCAAUUCUCCGUAAGAAGUACAUUUGGUCAAGUGAAGAAGAAUUUUCAAAUGAAGAAGAAUUUUUAAGUGAAGAAGAACAAGAUGAAGAAGAAAUUUCAAAGGAGGAUGUGAGUGAAGAAGCUAAGUCCUUUCUGGAAAUCCCAAAGUUGCAUGUGGAAAAGAUCUUACUAAACUGCAUCAGAUUAAAUGAAAGACAACAUAUAUUAGAAGUGGAAAUGAAGGAACGAAAAGCUGAAAUGAAGGAACGAAAAGCAAAAAAGAACGAACUAAAAGCAGAAUUUGAGAAGGCAAACCAUCUAUUAGAGACACUAACUGAAGGUUACCCAGAUUUGUUAAGUUCACUAGUGCGAGAUAACCUUCAUUGGAGAGAUCUGAUCAUCCGUUCCAAGGUGCGACAUUUCUCUUUUAAGAUUUUCCAUUAA